CACCACAGGUAAAAAACAGCUGCAUUGUUGGUCGUUGCCAACUCCAGAGGAGGGUCUGGGAGCAUUUCUUAUCAUUUGUGAUUUAAAAACUUAUCGUCCCGGUGUGGGGCGCGCGUUUCUUAUCGUCUCCAAGAAGGCAGCAUCCUGGGGGAAGGACAAGCAGAGGAUUCCAGCAACCAGACUAACAAAUCAUAGGCUGACUCCAAAAGAGCACGGGCUUUCAGGAACUGAGGAAAAGCAUCACUCUGAGAGAGGGAGAGAAGACAAUCCAUGGGAUAUUUUUCAAACAUUGUGACCUCGUGUUUGGGUUUUUCCUCUUGUUUCUUGCUUUUUGCUGUUUCAGUUUCAACAAUUUUCCAUCCAUCCUUGCUUCUUAUCCUCUCUCUCUCCCCUUCUCAUUUCAUCUGUCUGUGUUGGAAUGUCCCUCGCAAAUAGAUGGGAAGAGGCUUUCGAAGCGCUUUGCUGCAGUAUUAACAGACAGUACACUGAGACAGCAGGGCGCUGAGAGGACAGCUUGGGGAAAUCUGAUCCACAGCCGAGUGGAGAAGGAGCGAGAUCCCGCGUCGCAGUCGCAGAUUUAUCCACCCUGUGAUAACACUGCACGACAACACCCUUCGCUCUAAUUCUUCCUGCUCAGUGCUCAACUGAAGUGUUUCCUUUUUGACUCCGUCCUGACAAUUAAUUGGAUUCCACUGCUUAGCCUUGCUGGAAUUUGGAGCACACGUAAAGGAAUCAAAGUGGUUUUAAAUCCAAGGAGUGACAAAUACAAAAUCUACCAAAAAGGAUUGACUGGCUGCGAAGCAAAGAGUGAUAAAGGAAGCGGAUAAUCCAGGGAGAGAGCAUGACUGAAUCGUAAAUGACAGAUUUGUGCUUCUGCUCUUUCGUUUAUGAAAGGAUGAUUUUGGGAGCUGAGGGACGCUGACUCGGCUAAAGCUGUUGGACCAGACUGCACUGGGGAACAUUGUUUUCCUUUUUUUUUGUCCACUACAGGGUGGGGAAGCAACAAGACCCACCCUGCAAGUUUCACUUCUCUGAUUAGACAACACUGUCCUAUUGUGGAUUGUACACGGCGGAGACAUACAUGCAUGUUAAGUAGAAAUAGCUGUGGAUCUUUGAUGCAGUGCCGUCUGAACACUGAUGCCACAGAUUUGUCACAUGCACAGAUGCAAAGCUGUCUGUCUCAACCCAUCUCUCCCACUCGUCUCUCUCUUUGUCCCUCUUUCUUCCUAUUAGAUGCAUCACUUCGUCUCCUGCUCUUUUGGUUUACCUUUCUGUGAAAACAGAGUUUACGCUUCCUUCUUUUGGACAUAAGGACUUAGGGCGAGACUAAUCACAGGACAUUUGGACGAUUAGCCAUCUACGCCAGUUCUGCCAUUUCACACUGGGCGUCUCUGAGUGUGAGUGUGUGUGUAUAUAUGUUUGUGACUGCGUGUUUGCAUGUAUCUGCACCCGUCCUUUACUCUCUACCCUUGGAUUAACUAUUUCUCGUACUAUUUCUGCAGUCUCUCUCUUGUUUUAUCCAUUUUCUUCACUUUUCCUUCUGUCUCUUCUCGAAGUCCCACGCUGUUUGGAACCCUUCUGUGAUGUGCUAUCAAUGCUUAACACAGGGUUAACCCUCAGUGAAUGAUAAAGGACCGCAAGGAAGGAUGAGUGAGUGUUCUGGAGCAGCUGUAUCCGGAGUGGUGAUCCUGGAGGAACCUGAAGCUUCGGGGGCUUCAGGGGGCCGUAGGGAGGGCCAGGCCCAGGAUCAGGGUCCCCUCCGUUGUGCCGUUUGGCCACGUCAGCAGACAUGGUUGUGCAUGGUCCCCUUACUUAUUGGUUUCAUUGGCCUUGGAUUGAGCUUGAUGUUGUUGAAAUGGAUCGUUGUAGGCACAGUGCGGGAUUAUGUGCCAACCGAUUUGGUGGAUGCUAAUCCAAUGGGCCAGGAUCCUAUUUUCCUCUCAAAGCCAAGCGGAAUUCCUAAAGGUCCUGAUACUACCACGACAACGACAACUACUACUAUAAUUACUCCGACAGCUGAUGGCGGAAACCCCGCGGCUAGAACAGUAACUGUUGCAAAGGGUAGAACUCGUUCCACAGCUACGACAACUACUAUUAGCUCCAAAGGGGGUGGAGCCUCGGGUAGCCAAGUAACUCCUCGGAAUCCUGGAAAUCGUAAUGGACGUGGACCUUCAGGUUUUACUACAACCACUGGAGCAGCAAGGACGACCUUCAGAAUUGGAGCAGCGACACCUAGCCCCUCUCCGCCCAACCCAACUGUACUCCAUGACUCCACGCAGAUGUGGACCCCGGAGCAUACUACUACUACUGAGACGGUCUCUACUACGCUCACCACGCGCACACACGGCCACCGGAAAACACCAUCUCCAACUGUCCCGCCGCUGCACUCGGAGCAUUUCAAACCAUGUCAGGAAAAAGACCUGGCUUAUUGCCUAAAUGGGGGAGAAUGCUUUGUCAUCGAAACGCUCAGCGGGCCCCACAACCACUGCAAGUGUCGAGAAGGCUACCAGGGAAUCCGCUGUGACCAGUUUCUGCCCAAGACGGACUCCAUUCUGUCCGACCCCAUUGAUCACCUGGGCAUCGAGUUUAUGGAGAGCAAAGAGGUGUACAAGAGACAGGUGCUGUCAAUCACGUUCAUCGCCAUGACGAUCAGCCUUCUGGGAACCCUGUGCAUGGCCCUCUACUGCCGCAACAAGAGACGCAGAGAGAAGCUCCAGGCUCAUCUGAAGGAGAGUCGUAGUCUGAAAAACUACUCUGCUAACUCCCAGAAUGCCCUGGAUGUCAAGACGAGGUCUCCGAACAACAACCUGCAAAUGCAUGAGUGCUGCAAACGGUCCGCCCAGGCUCGCCAGGGAAGUGUGUGCGAGUCCAGCCUCGCACACUGCGACAUCACGACCGCGGCCGCACCCUCCGGCUGCUCCAGAGCCACGGCAAAGCACAGCAGGAGUGGGUCGUUGUCUCACAGCCCAGAUCAGAAAAGUCGGGCAGCCCAUUGGUCAGCUCCACGCAGGACCUCGCCCAUUCCCAGAGGAAGACUCAACCCCAUUGGGGUGUCCAAGUAUUCAGGCCCCGCCUACCAACACCUGCAGGAAGUAGACUCAACCGAAAAAGAUGUCGAAUCACAAAGACGCCAAAUGCGAGGAGAGAACCUGUGCGACGGCCCCAGACAAGGCGCCCUCCUCCAUAUGCAACCCCCUGUUGCUAUAGAGACGACGUCACCAUCUCCCUAUAGCAGCCGCAGGGAGACGUCUUUAGGCCCCCGCGCUCCCGCCGAGCACAACGAUUCGACUCACGCCACCCGCAGCUUGCGAAGGCCCCUACGCCGCCACACCCAGUCCCCGCCUCCUCCGUUCCGCUCGUGCUCCAUCCCAAUCAUUCCCUCUGUGCAGUGUCACCAUGACAAUGAGGCGUCAUGUAUGCAAACCAGUGCCACGCCGGCGGCGGCGGCGGCGGCAGCAAAGUCCGGCCCCUGCAAGGACGAGAGGAGAGGGAAGGCGACACACGUCAACUUGUCGUCCACUUCCUGCUCGUCCACUAGCGGCCAGCAUCAGGACGAGGUGGCCGUCCUGCUGGAGGAGGCACAGGAGCAGCUCAUGGCGUUGGCACUGGCUCACAGGAAGCAGGAAGACGUUGGGAUCGGCUGCAGCGGCGCGGCGGCAGCCAGAGAAACUGUUUGCUUCCUGAACCUUAACGGAGGAAGCGCCGCGGCGUUGGGCUGCAGCGGCCCGACGCAGACCCAGUUACUCAGCCCCAGCCUAUCACACAGAGACCUGGGCCACACCGGCCAAUGAGAGAGAGACACACCCAUGGAGACAUUUUGGGUUUGAGUUUGUGGUGUUCUGCAUCCGUGCAACGAGCAAUGGAAACGCCAAAAAAAAAAGAAAAGAAAAAAAAAUCUAAUAAAUCAUGGAAAUGUGCUGAUGAUAUGCAUAACGUAUGGACACAAACCUACAGACACUUCUCCAGUGACCACAUUUACACAGACUACUGACCGUAUGGGGAAAAAAGAAUAUUUACAGUACAUGCAUUUAUUUACAAAACAAGAAACACUUCUACUUAG